AGCCAACCUCAUCUACCUACAUCUUGGGUUGUUGCUGUCGGUGUACAGUAUCUAUUCGUGGCAAAAAGGUGGUUACGAAACUACGAAACCCAAAGUCCAGGCGACAGCACGUGCCACCGGCGAAGUGCGUUGGCCGUUCCGAACAGCACACGGUUGUUCGCGACGCUUGGUGGUGUGCCCAUUCAACCAUGGACGAACUGCAGGAUGCCAUUCAGGAUGCGCAGUACAUCGGGGCGAUGGCUGACCCGAGGCCGCGGCCGACCGUGCCGUUCCAUCAACCAGCGCCACAAGAAUUGACCGAUUUCACCGACAACUUCGCGAGCCACCAUUGGCCGACGAUGGAGUCGUAUUUAUCCCAGCCCCUGGGCCUGUAUCUGUUUCGCCGCUACUGCGAAGCCGAAGCCCAUGGCAUUGAAAAGCUUUUCUUUCUACAGGAUGUAUACGCGUACCGCCGCAUUCCACAGCACAAUCGACGGGUGCUUAAGGCCAAGGCCAUCUAUGCCACGUACAUCAACCCACAGCAGUCAGCUACGAUCUCUUCAGUUACGCAACCACCACCCCACCACACCACCCCCCAAGCAGCUGGAGCGAGCUCUGCCGCCGCCACUGCGACCACACCUGCCAGGACACAUCCCCUUCUAGCAUCGACCAAGAAUCCCGGGGAGACCAACUACGCGUGGAAGCGCGAGUCGUCCAUCUCUAUGACUACUGCCAAGGAACUGUAUUGUACAUUCAAGUGCGAGGCUGCCCUCCUCGGCGUGCGCGGCGACCUCACCGAAGAAAUCGGCAAGCAGUUAGAAGACGUCAACCUGCAGUCGGGCACGUCGAUGCUGCCGCUGACGCUGUUUGACGAGCUCGAAGCGUGCGUCGUGAGUGCUUUGGAGCACCACCAAAUGGAAGGAUUCAAAGCAAGCUUGUUCUUCAAACGCUUCAUGCACUUUUUGUACAUUCAGCAGCGCGAGAUCGGCGAAGACGACUUUAGUCUGCUGCGGGUGCUCGGGCGCGGGGGGUUUGGGAUGGUCAACGGCGCCAUCAAGCGCAGUACUGGUAAAUUGUACGCGAUGAAAGCCAUGAACAAACGUAUCAUCAAGAAAAAGCACGCGGAGAAGCUGUGUCUGGCCGAACGCGCCAUCUUGACCAUGCUCAGCUCGCCCUUUGUCGUGUGCCUCAAGUACGCGUUCCAAACCAAGGAGGAUUUGUUUCUUGUGCUGGACCUGCGCACGGGUGGCGACCUCAGCUUUCACUUGAACCGAGGCCGGUUCACGGAAGAACAAGUCAUGUACUGGUCGGCCCAGAUCCUCUUGGGACUACAGCACUUGCACGAAAAGAACAUUGUGUACCGCGAUUUGAAACCGGAAAACAUCCUCCUCGACGACAAAGGCAACUGCAGCAUCUCCGACUUGGGGCUGGCCGUCGAAGUCACCCCGUCGCUGUGUGGCCGCUGCGGCACCCGAGGCUAUUGGGCGCCAGAAAUGCUAUUGCGAGACGAAGCAGGCAACCGACUGUGCUACAACCAAGCCGUCGACUGGUGGAGCUACGGGUGUGUCGUGUACGAAAUGCUCUAUGGCAAGUGUCCAUUCCGAACGUCCAAAGCCAAAGCCUUGCACGCGGACAAGCAAAAAGCAUACGAUAUGGCCACGUUGGAACUCACGCCGUCGUACGAUGCCAAGUACUUUUCCCCCGAAGCCACCGACUUGCUGCAAAGUACGUUGCUUACUCGAUCAGAGCUGUUGGUUCGGGAUCCGACCAAGCGGCUGGGGGCGCGGGGCGCGGACGAGGUGAAAAAGAUGAAGUUUUUUGAAAACGUCGAUUGGGUCGAGAUGGAAAACAUGGCUGUGCCGCCGCCGUUCGUGCCCGAGCGCGACAUCAACGCUGCGUCGCAGGCCGACAUUGGCUUCUUCGACCCUUCCGUGAUUCAGGGAGUCAAGUUGUCGGACACGGACCAAGACAUGUACAAGGACUGGCUGUUUUGUAGCGCCACGGCGUUCCAGCACGAGAUUGUCGAGUUUAUGGAGUGGGAGGUCAAGCAAGGGCCGAUUACGCUGGUCACGCACACCAACACGUGCUGCAAUGUGUCGUAGGCAUCGACUAUACGGCUAGCGCAUCCUAAUUUAUACAAGUGACUCGAAUGCUUGGCCAAUAAUCUCCGUGUUAGAGUAUCUCUCCAA